AUGGGUAGCUCAAGCAACAGCAUAGAGCGUCAAGAUCAAAAUGCCAGCCUCCAACCUUUAACAAACAAUACCGUACAGCGCGACGCAGAUCGAGUAUCUGGCUCGUUGGGAGCUUUUGAGGCUCUCGACAAGCUCUCUGACGGUCGUUGUCGGCGUACUCCUGGGACAAUAUCGCCCGACCAAAUUGUUCCGAGCCUUCCUGAUGAAUCAACCAUCCGAGCUCCAACCGCCUUUCCACAGCUAAAACCUUAUUACUCGGUCGUUUCGGACGCCACAAAAUCGUCCACGUCACCUGAGACUUUCUAUCCUCGCGUCCGGUACAUUUUUAACGACGAUGAUCCGGACUUGCUUGCAGAAGCGUUUGUAAAACAGCCCGGCGUGCUGCAUACAAGAACAAGAACGCCGCACGCAUUCUCUCAUACGUCCGGAGAACCUCGAGCAGUCUCAGCCUCUCGGUUCCAGCGGUUUGAUCCAAACCGAGCGCUUAUACUCGAACUGGAUAUCACAUCGGACGGUCAAAGAUAUACCGUUGCACAAGCCGCUAGUUUAACGCCAGACUGGGCUGUCACAAGUGCCCAAGUGCAGUAUCCUCAAACCGGCACGCCUGGUGAUAUGCUAAAUGAAGAAGAUGACAAAGCAUUGCUUCUUCAUAUUCGGGGGUCGGGUCUUUCGGCCGACCCGCUCAGAAACGAUGAGGCGCCGAUAGUCGCAAAUUUGACGCAUAGAUCGGACGGAAUUAUAACAUCAUCAGUGCAGGGUGGGAAACCCACACCUUCAGGGGAGAGAUAUGACUCGCUGGUGCAAUCAUUUGAGACCCGUAUGGCAUUUUUGCACAACGUCGCUAACUCAGAGGAAGUAUCUCGUUAA